CCAGAUAUUGAUAUUGAUCAGAGAAAAAAUAACCAGCAUGGCCGCAAUUAAAGCUUUGAAUCCGAAAGCCGAAGUAGCCAGAGCAGCACAGGCUCUUGCAGUUAACACAAGUGCGGCUAGAGGACUUCAAGAUGUCCUACGAACCAACCUUGGACCAAAAGGGACCAUAAAAAUGUUGGUUUCUGGAAGUGGAGACAUCAAGCUCACUAAGGAUGGCAAUGUUUUGCUGCAUGAAAUGCAAAUUCAACACCCCACUGCAUCCAUGAUAGCAAAGGUUGCAACUGCUCAGGAUGAUAUCACUGGAGAUGGAACAACCUCCAAUGUCCUCAUCAUAGGAGAGCUUCUCAAGCAAGCUGAUCUCUUCAUAGCUGAGGGACUUCAUCCACGCAUUGUGACUGAGGGCUUUGAGUUGGCCAAAGAAAAGGCAUUGGAGACCCUUGAUGAUAUAAAAGUUUCCCAGGAGAUUAACAGAGAUAUUCUCAUCAAUGUGGCACGUACUUCACUCCGCACCAAGGUCCAUCCUCAGCUCGCCGAUCUCCUCACAGAGGUGGUAGUAGAUGCAGUUUUAGCCAUCAAGAAGCCCAACGAGCCCAUUGACCUUCACAUGGUAGAGAUCAUGCAGAUGCAGCAUCGCAGUGAUACCGAUACCUCCCUGGUACGAGGCCUAGUGAUGGACCACGGCGGGAGGCAUCCUAACAUGAAGAAACGUGUGGAGAAGUCUUUCAUCCUCACCUGUAAUGUGUCAAUGGAAUAUGAGAAGAGUGAGGUAAACGCCGGGUUCUUCUACAAGUCUGCUGAGGAGAGGGAGAAGCUUGUCCAGGCUGAAAGAGCUUUCACCGAUGAAAAGGUUCAGAAGGUCAUUGACCUCAAGAGGAAGGUCUGUGAGGGAAACGACAGAGGAUUUGUUGUCAUCAACCAGAAGGGUAUUGAUCCCCUAUCAUUGGAUAUGCUUGCUAAGGAAGGUAUCAUGGCACUACGUAGGGCCAAGAGAAGGAACAUGGAAAGGUUACCCCUGGCCUGUGGUGGUGUAGCAGUUAACUCCUUUGAUGAUCUCACCCCAGAAGUUCUAGGCGAAGCUGGACUGGUCUAUGAGCAUGUCUUGGGAGAGGACAAGUACACAUUUGUCGAGGAAUGCAAGAACCCUCAAUCGGUGACUAUCAUGAUCAAGGGCCCGAACAGACACACCCUCACCCAGAUCAAAGAUGCUACUCAUGAUGGUCUCAGAGCUGUCAAGAAUGCCAUUGAUGAUGGUUGUGUGGUUCCAGGAGCAGGUGCCCUUGAAGUGGCCAUCUACGCUGCCCUACAGAAGUUCAAGGAGACGGUCAAAGGUCGUGCUAGGCUUGGUGUCCAGGCCUACGCCGAGGCUCUUCUGGUCAUUCCCAAGGUCCUGGCCCAGAACUCUGGUCUAGAUGCCCAGGAGACCAUGGUCAAGCUACUGGAGGAGUAUGCAGAGUCUGGUCAACCUGUCGGGGUCGACAUAUCAUCAGGUGAAGCAGUAGUUGCAUCAACAGUAGGAAUCUGGGAUAACUAUUGUGUGAAGAAACAGAUUCUUCAUUCAUGUACCGUCAUCGCCAGUAACCUCCUCCUUGUAGACGAGAUCAUGAGAGCUGGGUUAUCAUCGCUCAAAAAUACAGCAGGGUGAUUUUACCCGCCAACUAGUCUAACCAGCUUAAGUAAUAAUAUUGUCGUAAAUUAAUGUCUUUUUGUUAAGUCAACAAAUGCCCAUUCAUUCAUACUGGUGUGUUCGUUUAAAGAGAUUGUGUGUUUUUCAGCCAAUAUCUAAUAGAUAUGUGAUAGUAGGUUUCCGCUUUCCAGACUUCAGAAGAAGCAACACAGUAUGUGCUCUCGGACGCUGGUAUGAAAUUAAAUAAUGGUUUUCCGUUUCAUGAACUCCGAGAGGCAUUGGUUAUGAGUUGAUAACAGUUCUCAGACAUAGCCUUUGUAGUUGUUGCCUAACCAAAACAAGUCUCCAGUUCUAAAUUCUUAGCUUUCAUAUGGCUACCUGUUCAUAGCCAAUGAUCAGUCAUGGUUAGAUGAUCAAUACCAUGAAGGGGGUGUUGCAUCAACAUUUCCUUCCAGCACCUGACAACUUUCCUUGAUUAUGAUUGGCUGAGAGGCAAUGUUGCCAUAGUAACUGUCGGUUAAAACAGUACUUGUUGGAUAGGAUAAAAUGUCUGACAAGUCCUUUCAUGAAAUGCUCCCCUUCAUUUUCAUCGGAUUUCAAGGGGCGUCAUGGUCUAGUGGUUACGACUCUCGUCUCUCAAUCAGAGGGAUGUGGGUUUGAAUCCCAGCCAUGGCAUGAA